AUGAGCUCGUCAAAGCCACCUUUCAAACUGACGCCGUUGGAUAAAGGCUGGGACGACGACGACGACGACGCAGCACUAGAGAGGGAAGUCCGAACGCUUAGGGCGAAGAACGAAGAGGCAGCAGCAAAGAACAGGGACGUUGAAUGGCAAAGGAAACAGCUUGAGCAACGCCUAAUGGAUAUGUUACUUACUACAGAUUCGUUUCUGCACGCGGCAAAGCAAGCUCUACAAUCUCAAGCUAGUGCUCAGUCAUGCCUAGUAGAAUGGAUUGAGAAGUUCAAGGAAGUAGUCAAAAAGGGUGCCUCUAUGGAGGAUAAGGAAAGCGUCGCUUGA